UUCUUUUACUCUCUGCUGAGACUCGUAAUGUCUCUUCAUAAUUCAUAUCAAUUGCAUAGUUAGAGAGCUUUCCUUCGUUACCUUCCCAUUUCACUAAAUCCUCGUGUUUCUGGGUCAAAUUACAUCUGGGUUUUCUUGAUAUAUACUUCCAUGGAGUCCAGUCCAUUCCCAACUCAUCAUCUUCACCUGUACAAUGAGAAUGGGUCUCAUUUCAGCAUCUGGGUUUCUUAGAUUUCAGCUCUAACCAGGCCCUCCCCAUAAUUUUGCUUCUGGGUUGUUUGAUAUUCCACCAAAAAGUUUAAUCUUCUGAGUUGGUUUAAGCUUCAAGUUGUACCAACAUGAGUAAUCUUCGAUCAACCUGCCAAUUCUUCACUCCAUUUCCGAGAGAUGGUAAAGAAUUCGAAGCAGUAUCGGACAUUCAACACCACCAAGCUUUCAAGAAACCCAGAGUCUCUAAGGUUGGGUCAGACUCGAUGAUUAUUGAGAGAAGAUAUAAGUGGUUGCAUUACAAGACCCGAUUGUGCAACAACUUCAAACGGGGUCUUUGCCCUUAUGGUGAGGCAUGUCUCUAUGCUCACGGCAUAGAAGAAAUCCGCAACACUUUGGGUAGUUCCGAAAAUGAGAAGGGCUUGUUGGGUAGGACUGAGUAUGCUCAUCACAGAACUUGUGAUGAACUUCGACUUUGCAAGUUGUUCUUGAAUGAGGGGAAAUGCACAUAUGGAGAGAAAUGCCGCUUUCGUCAUGUGAUUCCGAAAAGUAUCAGAGAUGAGUCAGUGAUCAUUUUGACUAGUGGGUCUAAAGGGUCUCAAAUUAGUGGCUCUGGGCAAUUUGGGGGCAAGAGGUCUCUGGGUUUGGAUGUUGACACUAAUGGAGUGAGUGGAGGCAGGCAUUUUAGGCAGCAAAGCUCUGUUGCAGCUGGGAGAGGGAUGCUGAGUAAUACCUGCAUGGCUAGUGGAAGCUUUGCUCAUGGACAUGCCGUGCUCAGGAAGCUCUGUGGCUACACUACCAUGGAGACUAAACAUUUAAAGACUUUUACUACUUCUAGGGAAUUGCAAUUUAUGGACGGCAACUUCAACUGGAAUGAACUUGAGAAAAUGAGUCGCAUCUAUGCUGAUUGGAUUGAAGAAAUUCCUCUUGUACAUAGGAAGAUGGAAUUCUGAGUCUGAGUACUUCAUGGAAAAGAUUUAUUGGUUCUGUUUCUCUGUUUGCUUCUAUGGAUAUUAAGUGUGUGGUGUUUUCCUCUAACACCUUAGUUUUGAUGAAUGGAUAAGGGACUGAUUUUGUUCUCAAGGCAUGGCAUGGUAUUCUGGACACGGUUCAUAGGAAGCCAGCUCUGCUGAAUCAGGAAAAUUAUAUUUCACUAGAAUACAUUAAAGUGGAAUAUCUUUUUUCUGAAUUUUGUACAAAAAGGGAUGUGGAAUAUAUUUUUUCUGAAUUUUGUUCAAUUGGCAAAGUGUAUGGUUUCCUUUUA